AUGCGAAACUUGAAACACGAGCUUCGCGAUAUCCGAAACCUACAAUGCUAUGCAAGGACAAAUCAGAACGACGAGAACUUCGUUUGUUUAUAUGGGAAAAGCAAAUACGUCAGAGAAGCGGAUAUCGCACAAAUGAGAUGCGAUGUUACGCAAUUUUACCAAUAUGUUGCGAGCGUUUCUCUCUUGCGAUUGGAAAAUUUAAUUCUUUCGCGUGUUACAUUAAGUUCUGAAAACCCGGUUUACGAAAUGGUAGAGCGUCCUUUGGAUAUGAAUAACGAUUCAAAUGGAGUUUUGCUUUAA